UUCAAGAAGAGGGGGAUGGAGACUAACAUCCACCUGGGCAGUUUGAUCAGUCGGCAUGAUGAUGAAGCCACAAGAACAUCCACAUCAGAAGGGCUGGAGGAGGGGGAGGUGGAGGGGGAGACCCUCCUGAUCGUGGAGUCGGAGGACCAGGCGUCUGUGGACUUGUCUCACGACCAGAGCGGGGAUUCCCUCAACAGUGACGAAGGGGACAUGUCGUGGAUGGAGGAGCAGCUGUCCUACUUCUGCGACAAGUGCCAAAAGUGGAUCCCAGCCAGUCAGCUGAGGGAACAGCUCAGUUACCUUAAGGGCGAAUUUUUUAGGUUUACUUGUUCUGAUUGCUCGGAAGAUGGCAAGGAGCAGUAUGAGAGGCUGAAGCUGACCUGGCAGCAAGUGGUCAUGUUGGCGAUGUACAACCUGUCUCUGGAAGGGAGUGGAAGGCAAGGCUACUUCAGGUGGAAAGAAGAUAUCUGUGCAUUUAUUGAGAAGCAUUGGACUUUUUUACUAGGGAAUAGGAAGAAGACUUCCACCUGGUGGAGCACAGUGGCGGGCUGCCUCAGCGUUGGGAGCCCCAUGUACUUCCGCUCAGGCGCGCAGGAAUUUGGGGAGCCGGGGUGGUGGAAGCUCGUGCACAACAGGCCCCCAACCUUGAAGCCCGAGGGCGAGAAGCUGGCCACCUCGGCUCUGAAGGUGAAAGCCUCAAAACCAACUUUAGAUCCCAUCAUUACUGUUGAGGGACUUAGGAAACGGGCAAGUCGGAAUCCUGUGGAAUCUGCCAUGGAAUUGAAAGAGAAAAGGUCUCGGACUCAGGAAGCAAAGGACAUCAGAAGAGCCCAGAAGGAGGCGGCUGGCUUUCUGGACCGGAGCACCUCAUCCACCCCUGUAAAAUUUGUAAGCCGAGGCCGCAGGCCAGAUAUGAUCCUGGAAAAAGGAGAAGUGAUCGACUUUUCUUCCCUGAGCUCCUCUGACCGCACCCCACUGACAAGCCCAUCUCCUUCUCCGUCUCUGGAUUUCUCUGCCCCUGGGACCCCCGCCUCCCACUCAGCCACACCCAGCCUGCUGUCAGAAGCCGAUCUGAUUCCAGAUGUGAUGCCGCCACAAGCCUUGUUUCAUGAUGAUGAUGAGCUGGAAGGCGACGGCGUCAUAGACCCUGGGAUGGAGUACGUCCCCCCUGCCUGCUCUGCCGCCUCGGGGACAGGGGUUGGGGGCAGAAAGAAGGUCAGGGCCCCUGAGCAGAUAAAGCAGGAGGUGGAAAGUGAGGAGGAGAAGCCCGACAGGAUGGACAUUGACAGUGAAGACACAGACUCCAACACAUCCCUGCAAACGAGGGCUCGAGAGAAGAGGAAGCAGGUGCUGGAGAAGGACUGUAAGCCCAAAGGGCCCAAGUUCACCCCUGUGAGCAUCUACGAGGAGAAGCUGCUCCUCAAGCGCCUGGAAGCCUGUCCUGGUGCCGUGGCCAUGACCCCAGAGGCCCGGCGGCUGAAGCGGAAGCUGAUUGUCAGGCAGGCAAAGCGGGACCGAGGGUUACCGCUCUUUGACUUGGAUCAGGUUGUUAAUGCGGCGCUUCUCUUAGUGGAUGGGAUUUAUGGGGCCAAAGAUGGAGGAGUUUCCAGGCUUCCAGCUGGACAAGCCACAUACAGGACGACCUGUCAGGACUUCAGAAUCCUUGACCGGUACCAGACUGCCUUGCCAUCCAGGAAGGGAUUUCGGCACCAGACCACUAAGUUUUUGUACCGUUUGGUGGGAUCAGAAGAUAUGGCUGUGGACCAGAGUAUUGUCAGCCCUUAUACUUCUCGAAUCCUGAAACCUUACAUCAGGCGUGAUUAUGAAACCAAGCCACCCAAACUGCAGCUGCUGUCCCAGAUUCGUUCCCACCUGCAUAGGAGUGACCCUCACUGGACACCGGAGCCUGAUGCACCUCUUGAUUACUGCUACGUCCGGCCAAAUCACAUCCCAACGAUAAAUUCCAUGUGUCAGGAGUUUUUCUGGCCUGGCGUGGACCUGUCUGAGUGCCUGCAGUACCCAGACUUCAGCGUCGUCGUCCUCUAUAAGAAAGUCAUCAUUGCUUUCGGCUUCAUGGUUCCCGACGUGAAGUACAACGAAGCUUACAUUUCAUUUCUCUUUGUCCAUCCUGAGUGGAGGAGAGCGGGCAUCGCGACUUUUAUGAUUUAUCACCUGAUUCAGACCUGCAUGGGCAAGGACGUAACCCUUCACGUCUCAGCAAGCAACCCCGCCAUGCUGCUCUACCAGAAGUUUGGAUUCAAGACUGAAGAAUAUGUUUUAGAUUUCUAUGAUAAAUAUUACCCCUUGGAGAGCACCGAGUGUAAACACGCGUUCUUUCUGAGGCUGCGACGCUGACAUGAGUGCCGCCCUUCCCAGGGGGCCGCACGUGCUGGUAGGGCAGGGUCUUCAGUAGACCUAACAGCAGCUCCUUUCACCGUGGGUUCUGUUCUCUGUGAUGGCACGUCUGUUCCAGCUCUCAGCUGAGAGGAGAGAGGCCUGGGCAGUGGAGCGAGUGGUGGGUGCCCCUUCAGUGGAGGCUGCUCUGUCCAGCGCUUUCUGGACAGGCCUUCACCCCACACCUUGGACUAUAUAGUCAAGUAAGACUGACAGGUGUGCUGACCCUCACCCGACAGCCUCUCGAGCCAGGAAUGUCUAAACUGAUGUUCUUGGGGAAAGAGGACUCAUCCAGGUUAAAGUGUGAGAAAUGUGAUCGUGGUUAAAAGAUUCCUGCCUGAGAGGAACGUCCUGUCCUGGGACAGUGAGCGGUUGUGAGAGGAGAGUGACAGUUGUUGCCAGCCUGUUCCCAGCCUGGUUGUGUCGUCCCUGAAUCCAGGAGGACUCCGGGGCGCUGAGGUUCCGUUGUCUCACUGACUUUGGUCGUGGUCAAAAUAAACUCAGUGUUUGUGUGUGA